GACCGCGAAGGCUGUCAGAGCUGGUGGCCAGUCCGAGCUGCCAUGGAGCGACACCGCUGGCUGCCGCUGGAGGCCAACCCCGAGGUCACCAACCAGUUUCUCAAACAAUUAGGUCUGCAUCCUAAAUGGCAAUUUGUUGAUGUAUAUGGAAUGGAUCCUGAACUCCUUAGCAUGGUACCAAGACCAGUGUGUGCAGUAUUACUUCUCUUCCCUAUUACAGAAAAGUAUGAAGUAUUCAGAACGGAAGAGGAGGAAAAAAUAAAAUCUCAGGGACAAGAUGUUAAAUCGUCAGUAUAUUUCAUGAAGCAAACAAUCAGCAAUGCCUGUGGAACAAUUGGACUGACCCAUGCUAUUGCCCACAACAAAGACAAGAUGCAUUUUGAAUCUGGAUCAACCUUGAAGAAAUUCCUAGAGGAGUCUGUGUCAAUGAGCCCUGAAGAACGAGCCAGAUACCUGGAGAACUAUGACGCUAUUCGAGUUACUCAGGAGACCAGUGCCCAUGAAGGUCAGACUGAGGCACCAAAUAUAGAUGAAAAAGUAGACCUUCAUUUUAUUGCAUUAGUUCAUGUAGAUAGGCAUCUCUAUGAAUUAGAUGAACGGAAACCAUUUCCAAUUAACCGUGGUGAAACUAGUGAUGAAACCUGGGCAGGUGCCCUGACC